UAUUUAUAAAUACACUUAUUGUUCUUACAGACAUCGCCCUUUGAAGUAUCAGUCUGAUGAGGAGGCCAGAUCUUGUUCAGAUGGUGGUGAAAGCAGCCAUGACAGACUUAUAUCGGAGAAAAGGGCAAAAGUGGCAGAGGUGCCCAAACUUCCAGCAUUCCCACCUUCAAGAAUGACUUUGGAGAAUGAAGAGGUGUUUGAAGAUGAGACAUCACAAAUACCUAGUACCUCUUCAUCAACAGGAAACAACCCAAGAACAGUGUUUGGACAAAAGAGAAUGCCUGCAAGAGCCAGUGUAAGUGCAAUUAAAGAUGGUGAAGUGACAAUCCCCACAGAUCAAAUAGAAAGAGAUCGUUUAAUCUUCACCACCCUACUACAGAUAAAAGCAAUGGUGAAGAAUAACACCAUUGCUCUUUCAAGGUUAGAGCAAAAAUUGAAAGAGAAAAGAAGUCCUGAUGUCAAUAUUGUCUCAAUUGAGGAAUAA